AUGCGUUUCCUCCCCACCGUCCUGACGGCUCUGGCCGCCCAGGGUGUUGUCGCGAGUUCUUGGUUCUCCAAGGCUGCCUACAAUAAAUGGCACGAGACUGAGCUUGAACGCUGGCUCUCCGACCAUGAUAUUCCCUACCCCACCCCCGCCGACCGCAAGGACCUUGAGACCCUCAUUGAGAGCAACUGGAACAACUAUGUUGUUACCCCCUACAACUCGUGGGACACCGAUCGCCUCCAGAACUACCUAAAGGCGAAAGGUCUUCAGACCGAGGGCGCCGCGAAGGCCAACAAGGAGUCACUCGUUACCCAGGUCCAGAAUGCUUGGUACGAGUCUGGUGACCAGGCUCAGAACGCCUACCUCAACGUCAAGGACUGGAUUCUGGACAGCUGGACCGACAGCCAGCUCAAGGCUUUCGCUGACAAACAUGGAAUUCCUGUUCCUCAGCCCCGCAACCGCGACAGCCUUCUCCAGAAGGCUCGUGCCAGCUACGAGACCAUUGCCCAGAAGGCUGGUGAGACUGCCGCAUACCCUGGCAACUGGUUGUACGAGACUUGGUCCGAAUCUGAUCUCAAGGAGUGGCUUGACACUCACGGUUUCCCUGCUCCCCAGGUCACUAGCCGUGAUAAGCUGAUUGCCUCCGUUCGCCGCAACUCUCGACUUGCCUCUCUUAAGGCCCAAGAGCAGGCCGCCAGCGCUUCCGCCAGCGCCCAGCAGGCGUACGCUACCCUGACUGACAUGGUCAUCGACGCUUGGAGCGACUCUCAGCUCAAGGAGUUUGCUGACAAGAACGGCAUUCCUGUUCCCCAGGGCACCAAAUCCAACGAGCUCAAGGCUCUAAUUCGCAAGCACCGCGCCGACUUCCUUCAGAACAAUGUCUCUGGCGCUGCUGCUAGCGCCUUUGGUGCUGCCACUUCCAACGUCGGUUCUGCUGCUUCCAAGGCCACUGACGCUGCCUCCAACGCCGUUUCCGACGCCUUCAACUCUGCCGUCGAUGCUUGGUCCGAAAGCCGUCUCAAGGCCUACCUUGACGCUCGUGGCGUUCCUGUUCCCCAGGGUUCCAAGACUGAUGAACUUCGUGCCCUCGUCCGCAAGCACCAGCACAAGGCGGCUUCCGGCUGGAGCGCUUGGACUUAUGACGACAUCUCUACCGAUAACCUGAGGAAGUACCUUGCUUCCAGCAGCGAUGCUACAGUCAAGAAGGUUGCCGAGAAGAAGGACGCCUCCCGAGAUGAGCUCGUCAGCGCUGCUCAGUCUGCCUACAGCUCCGCCUCUUCCGCUGGCGGUGGCUCGUACGCUUCUGUCACCAGCUACCUUUCUCAGGCUACCGAUUCUGCCAAGUCCAGCUUGUUCGACACCUGGAGCGAGAGUGAGCUCAAGUCUUACUUGGAAAGCUAUGGAGUCAAAGUUCCCCAGGGUUCCACCCUGGAUGAGCUUCGCGCCUACGCCCGCAAGCAAUACACGUACUUCAAGUACGGCACCUCGACGCCUUCUGAGACUCUCUACGCUAAGAUCGCUGAGAACGCCAAGGGUACUUGGAACUGGGUUGCUAACCAGGUUGGCCUCGGAGCCGAGGCUGCCGAGAAGAAGGCUGCUGACGCCAAGAAGGCGGCCUAUGACUCCAAGAAGCAGGAGUUGUAA